GCCGCUGCUCACAACCAAGAUUAUAGUACAAUAGUGCCAUGGGAGAUGGUGGUGCUGCUGUUGGCUUUGGAUGCGGAACCACAACCCCAGCGACGGGGUACCAAAGUGUGCGGUACACUUCUCCGUUCAGCGGGAAAUCGAAAGAUUUCAACGAAUGGCUAAAUGAUUUCCGCAUGACAGCUAAUGGCGCAAACCUGUUGGAACAAUUUGAAGAGAGCGGGAGCUUGGAGAUCCCCGUCAACAGCGGAAAGAGCAAGUUUUCGCUGUCGCAGCAGUACCGGAGCGAGCAAGUAGAGCUCGCAUUCCACGCGUGGAACUUCCUGUCUCACGCGUUGAAAGAGAAAGAUCGGAAAAUCAUGAAGAGGGCAGAGACGCCCCAGGGAGCUCUUCGUGAGCUCAAGACCAUACACGACCCUGAAUCAUCUGUUCAGCCGUCAGAGGACCUCAAGUCCCUGACGUCGACCAAGAUCUCUCGAGGUGAAAACCCCUAAAACGCCCUCAAUGAGAUGCUCCAAACCGCAAAGUCCUUAACCGAGAAAGGACUAUCUGUCAACGAAACAUUCGUCCUUCACCUCUUCCUGGAUGCCCUUUCGGACGAGAAUGCCAUGACAAAGCGCAACCUGCGAC